GCGUCAACAACAAACAACCACUUGCUUUCUUUUCGAACGCGCCCCCUCUGUCAGCUGUCAGUUUAGCUUGAUUGGGUGGUUUUUGUUUUAAUUUUUCUGUUUUGUUGUUGUUCGCGUUUUUUAUAGAAACGUUCCACAAUUUUUAUACCAAAUUACCUUUAGUUCGAACAAUUUUUCACUAAAUAAUCCGAUGAUGGUGUUACCAGGAGCAGAUGCCCAGGAACAGUCAACAUCCAAUUCGACUGCUUCAACUUCUCUAUCCGUAGAAGUAGAAGCCCCAAAAAAGAAAAGUGCUAAAAGGCCGGACACCAAAGAGAAAAACGGUCUGAGAAAAUGUUUUUCGGCUUUGGUCGAUCGCAAACAAGCCUCUUUGGAAUUGGAAGUGCUUCAGCUGAUGAUCCGGAAAGAACUAAACAUAAACUUGGACGCCUUGGAACCAGAGCUGGCACGCAUUUUACCAUACAUGCUCGUCUACUACACAAAAAAUUGGCCCGGUUGGCAAAAAAGCGUCGAGUAUUAUUCAGGAAAAAUCCAAUUCAAAACUUGGUAUGAAAAAUUCCACAUGUAUCUCAAAGUGAAACUGAAUGAAGCCAUAACGACUAAUUUCAGGGUCGUUAUGGCUGAAAUGAAACGAGAAGAAGUAGAAAAGAAAAUCGCCGAAACUCGUAAGGGAUAUGUACUUGAGAAGCUUGCUGAUAGGAGUUCCCAGACUGACAUGUUGGCUCCUAAAGUAGUAGCACCAUUUAUUAUUGAAGUCGGGUCUAAACCUGUAUUUUUAAAUACAAUCGUCUUUACAGAUAAUGCAGAUGGUGAUAUAGUACUGAAACAACAUAAAGCAUUAGAAUGGGAUCAGGAACUGGAAGAAACCAUAACAUUGAAGCAACUUAUAGCCUGGCCUCAUAUCGGAGUUCAUUUGAAAAGCCCCAUUUUCUCCUUUUCAAGAAGAAACUUGCACGAAUUUCGCCGACAUGUAAGCUUGAUUGGCACCCCAUUGCCAUCGGCCUCAAGCCCGUUCAUUGAAGAUAAAAAAAUUAUUGACCCACAUAAGUCAAGAAGUGCGUACCCUCUUGAUGACCUAAAGCAAUUUACAACUGAUUAUUUAGACGCUUUGAAGAAUGUAUAUUCUACCCCAGCUAUUUUAGAAAGUUUCAAAAUUGUUAUUGAUGAAUUUCUGGAUGAUAUUAAAGAAUUGAAUAUUUUAAGAAAUGGCAAGCCAAUUAUAGUGUCAAACACUUCAGUGGUUUUCAAUAUUGGUAAUCAAUCUUACAUCCGAAACAAGAAACUUUCUAAAACCCAGGCAUCUAGAUGGGAUGUUGGUUAUACAGAAUUGAUAAUUCCAAAAAUCGACGUGGCACUUGUCUCUUUAGCUGAAGACGAAAGAAUUAACGCAUAUUUGAAAUACCUCAAAACCUUCAAAGCAGAAAACGGCAACACUACUGGACAACUUAGUUUUCCACAAAUAAAUUUCAGUUGCAGCUUUUGCAGGGAAAAUUAUGACAAUGUCGCACAAGUAUUAACUCAUUUGAAGCAGGAACACAAAAUGGAACAACCGAUGCUGUGUGGUCUGUGCAAGAAGAGUUUUCCCGUUUUUAUGUUGAGUGCAAGCAGAUGGCAUCAUGAAUGUUGUAGAUAAUUGCCUCAAAAACAACAUCAUGAGUUAUUGUUGCAAUUUUCUAUUUUUUUGACAACUGAUUUGUAACUUGUAAGAUUACAUUUUGCUUUUUAAUAAGAUCUACAUCAAUCAGUUGUGGACAAUAGACAAGUUAAAUGCAAAUAUUUUUGGUUAUAAAUUUUUUUAUUCAAUUUAUAGUAACUAAUAAAAAAUUAACAAGUUCCUAGAGAAUCUUCAAAUUGUCGAAAAUAUUCAUCCCUAUCAACUUUAGGCAUUCUAUAGUUAUAGUCAAUGAUUUUAGGAUAAUCAUCACAAAGCAACUUGUAGGAGUAAAUUAUUCUCACAAAAUCUUCAUUGCUAAGUUGAAACGGCCUUGUAGUUGGAUUAAUUUCGGAUAAUAUUAAUAGUUUUUGUGUUAGCUCUUCGCGCACAGGUUCUGGAAAUAAUUUUUCUACUCCUCGUUGGCAAUACUUUUGCCUGGUAUUGAAAAUAGUCCUGAUAACUUUUUCUACCAUUGCAAAUGGGGCAUCAAUUAAAGGUGUUUUGAGUGGAACUAAUGUGACUACAGCCACAUCAACAUCUGGUUUUGGAACAAAAGCUGAGCCUGGUAUGGUAAAUUUGUAUUGAACAUUACACCAUAACUGGCAAAUUACAGACAGCCUGCAUCUUUGUUUGCUGUUUAUUUGAGCCACCAUUCUUUCUCCAACUUCUUUUUGAAAUGUUAAAGUCAUUGGUGUUCUACCAUAAGACCAAGCAGAUGCUCUUUGUGAUAUAAACUCCAACCAUUUAAUGAUUAAAUGAGUUGAAACACUAAAUGGAAGGUUGCCAAUUAAAUGGAUAGGGGGUGGUGUAUAGGUCCAAUCAAAUUUCUGAGCUCCUUCAAAACCUUUUUCCAUAUUGUAUGUGAGAAUGUCUCCAAUUUCAAUAUGUAAGUUGGUGUAAGAUUUGCAGGCUUCUUGCAGAAGUUCCAAGGAAGGUAAAAAUCUAGGGUCUUUUUCGACAACAAUAAGCUUAUGUGGUUGCAUUUUAAUUAUGGACCUUGUAAUGCUACCAGGACCAGGACCCACUUCACAUACAUGGUGAUUUGCAAUAUUUCCAGCUGCUCGAACAAUUUUGUCAGUGAUUCUCUCAUCCAUAAGAAAAUUUUGAGAUAAUUGUUUGAUAGCUUUAAGCCUAUAUAACUUAACUAAGUCCCUGACGCUAGGUAAGGGAGGCAAUCUUAAACUAGUUGUUCUAAUCAUGUUACUUGGUGAUUUUUGCUGGCUCUUCGAAAUCGUCCAAAAAGGUUUCUUGUUUUACAGCGUGGAUAGUAUAGGAGUAGAUACCGAUGACGAUACCGCCUAGAAUGCCAGCAGUUAUCAGGUUAUUUCUUCUGAUUCUCUUCAAAUUUGCGACCCUUUCUAGAUUCUCGCGAUUAAUGCGUUGCAUAAAUUCACGAUCACUGGUGUUUAGUUUGCUUAAAUCUACUUUGGGCAUGCGAUCAGACAUUUUCUUUGGGUCUUACGAGGACUUUUCUUGAUUAUUUCUGUUUGUUUGAAUAAUGAAUGAGAAUUUUCCUGUUCUGUGGACCCCCUUUUAUAACAUUUUUAUCAUUCAUCACACAUCACAUAACCACAAUUAAUAAUUAAUCCCUUAGACAAGAUUAAUCCCG